AUGUCGACAAUGUGGACAUGGAACAUUCACGAAUGGAAUGAAGACAAAAAGUGCCAGAAGCAUGAAGAAUGUGCUUACAAUAAAGAAGAAAUUUAUCCCGGUGAAUCAACGUGUCCAAAAUUGUGCGGGUGUAGCAGCUCAACUAUAGAUGUGAACGGACAAUGUGUAAAUCCCUUCGAAGUUGAAGAUAAGCAUCGCGCAGCAUUCUAUAUCUCAUUAUCUGUAAAUGUCAUAUUUGUCAUAACAAUAGGUUGUCUAUUGUGUCGUAAACAAUCAAGUAAGUCUACUCAGCAUGAAGCAGUGAAUGCUGCAUUAGAUUCAGUCGAACUUGGUUCUGCAGAACUUGAGUUUUCCCCCUCUGUCCAAUCAGAAAACUCCGCGAUUCCAGACGAUAUUGACGACAUAAAUAAAGAUAGCACUAUCGAACAAACUGGCGAAACUGGAUUGCCAUCCACAGCAAUAAAGGGUUUAUCCAAUUUAGACAGAGCAUUUCAGAUUUUAGACAAAAACGUUAGAACAAAUGUUGUGGAAUUCAACACACAUGUAUUUUGUCUGCCUUUUGAAGAAUGUGAAAAAAUAGAACACGAAGUAAGCACGUCAUCGGGGCAGAUUCGUGCUGGAUUUGCCAAGUGGAAAGAAGUAAACGGCAAAGAGGCCACUGUAGAAUUACUUAUCAAAAAGUUGCGCCGGAUUGGCAGAAACGAUAUUGUACAUGAAAUUGAGGACGAAUUACGUAUCGUUUUCAAUACAGGUUUUUCAGCUUUUGAUUCUUUGGAUAAAGCGUUCAAAAUUUUUGAAGGGGAAAUCGAAGAUAUUAAGCAUGCCGUGGAAUUUUUCCGAAUUCAAUUGGAAUUGGAGGAAAGGGAAAUUCCAGACUUGCAAAAAAGAGACACUACGCAUUUUGUACUACAAUGUCUCAACAUUUGGAAAGAAAAACAAGGCAAGAAUGCAACUGUUGAACACUUUAUUGAGUUAUUGAGAAAUGCAUCGUUAACAUAUAUUACUGAAGAAGUAAGCCGAAAGGUUCAGAUUUCUUGCAAUGAAGGUGCGCGUGAAGAUGAAGUAAAUGCCGUAACAAAGUCUCACGACAUUGAAAGUUCUUAUAGGCAGUCAACAGAAAUCCCAGGUGAGAAUUCUGAGGAUGCAUUAGAAACAAGACCAAAAUAUCAUGAUUUCCCCAAUUCUACAAGACAAGCUCAAAACGUCACUGCAGACGUCGUCGCUAAAAUGCCUUCAUCCAGCAGUGGCGACAUAAAAUCAGGAAAAGGUGAAAUGCGUAAAGAUUCGUGCAGGGGAAACACUAUAGCAAAAUCAAAAUCCUAUAACAUAUCAAGUUCUACAAGAGAAGCUCAAAACGUCACAGAAAUAUUCGAUGCUAAAUUAUCCCCGCCCAACAGUGGCGACAUGAAACCAAAAAUCGAAGAAGAAUGCAAUACCGAAGAUAAAACAAUGGAAGAAAUUACUUUCAUUGACGAAAGUGGGCCCGGGAAAUGCAGUAGGAGCACCAGCUUCAGUGUCUUUACACAUUCGAAAAGCAUGAGUGGAGAGAAACCACGGAAAAAGCAAAAUAAAGCAAAAACAAAUAGAACACGCUCUGAACAGAAUGAUGAAAUUGAAAUGAAGCAGCUUAUUUCUUCAGACAUCAAAAACAACAGUGAGAGAGAAUUUGUGCAAAGUCCAAUAUGAGCAGGAUAUGAAGAAAAUAAUUCACUCAAAUGCACGAUUUUAUUUUAAUAGAGUAAAUAUUCGUGCGUUGCUUUUACUCUGGUUGCCUUUUUGU